AUGGCGGAUGCAGGCAAGCCCGAGCAGCCAACCGGCCCGUUCAUUGCCAUGUUUGAAGGGUUCCGGAAAGAGUUGGACGAGCAUCACGAUCGCCGCGAGAGGAUCAUCAAAGCGUCGAGGGACAUUACUGCGUCAAGCAAGAAGAUCAUUUUCACAUUACAAAGAGUUCGCAACGUAGGCCAACCAGUCCCACCAUUUGCCCACAAGUCCAAUGCUCAGUACUGGGAAACGAUACAAAAGCAAUUCUCCAGCAUAGCCUCGGACCUGCAAUCCCUUAACGCGCACCGUUAUGCGCACAACAUCACAGGCGGCAACCAGGAAUUUAUCGAGGCGCUGUCUUUCCAGCACUACCUGGAAACGCAAUCCCUAAUCUCGUAUGACGAGGCCAAAGCCAAGAUUGCGGCUCUGAGCAAGGGCGAGCCGAAAGAAGGAGAUUUGCAACAAGAACACAAUGUCGUGCCGCUCAGUCCCGAAGACUACAUUCUGGGCAUCUGCGACAUGACGGGCGAGUUGAUGCGCUUCAGCGUCACCUCUAUGGCCACGAAUGGCAAGCUCCCGGCGGGCAGGGCCAAGGCGGUUCCAACAUCGAAGUCACCUGCUGCGACAGAUGACGCAGAUAAGAUGGAAAUAGACUCACAAGCAGCCGCGUCCACCGAGGAUCAGAAGCCACGAACUGUCUUGGAUGAUCUGCGCUCGAUCAGGUUGCAGCUGGAGAUGUUCGAGGCUCCGUACGGGCCGAAGUGGGUGAGCGAGCUGGAGACGAAGAAGAUGCCAGUUUUGCGCGAAUGUGUCGACAAAGUAGAGAAGGCGUUGUACGGACUCACAGUGCGCGGCUCGGAGAGGCCGAAGGGGUGGAUGCCAGAUAUGAGCAGCGAUAGACGGGCGGAGGUAGAGAGCUAUUAG